AAAAAAAAAAAUUCACUGACUUGGCUAGACCCUAGCUCCCUCUCUUUGUCCGGACGGAGGCGGCACUAUGGAGCCCCUCUAUCAGUCAGGUUCCAUUCUUAUGAAGGUGAACACCUUACAAGGGAAGAAGAUGGUGGAGAGCGGCCUCCAGUCUGGGGACUUCUCGCUGCCCCCAUCGUGGUCCUCCAGCCUGCUGCCGCCGGCCGACCUAGAGAUCCUGCAGCAGAAGGUGGCCGGGAUGCAGCGAGAGCUGGAGGACUUCAAGAAGGAGGCGCUCAGGGCCAUCCGCUACCUGGAAGACGCCUUCUGCGAGAUGAACGGGGCCCUGGUGCAGCAGGAGGAGCAGGCGGCCCGCGUGAAGCAGCGGCUGCGGGAGGAGGAGGACCGCGGCGUCGUGCGGAACAAGGUCCUCACCUUCCUGCUGCCCCGGGAGAAGCAGCUCCGGGAGCAUUGCAAGCGGCUGGAGUUCCUGCUGCUGGGCCGGGGCCGCGACCCUCCGAGCAUCCCCGGGAAGAUCCAGGCCAACUGAGGCUCGUCCGUGACGAGCCGCCGAGCAGCCCGGUGGAAGAUGCGUUUAGCUAGAAGGACGCAUCCCGAGUCCUGGUCCGUUUGCUCCCCUCCCCUACCCCCUCUCUGCGGCAUUCCCUCUGCCUAAAUAACACCUUGCUGAGAGGCGAAAAGACCCGUUAUGUUCUUUCGGUGAAGCUCUGUCUAUCCAGCAGCACCCAGGAAAGAGGCGCCCCAACCCUAAGUCUUUGGAAGACACCUGUAACUUCCCCCCCUCUUUGUAAUGGUGCUAUUGCUCAAAUGUAUAACAUGUUUUUUUGACCUUCUUAAACUGAUUGUGUCGAACACAUGUAGCUUCUUUUAAUGAC